CCCGUUGCAGCACACACAUUUUCAUUUCACAAUUCCAAACAUGAUGAACUCUAUACUGGACACACCGAUAGCCUCCAUCUACGACAUGAUGAUGGAGCGUUAUCUGAAGCGGCGUCGCGAAUCGGAACAAAAGGAAACUAAGGCCGAGAAGGCAAUUCCGCGCCGGAUGAAGGAAGACCGCAUCGUGGCUGAGGUUAAGAAGCCUUUGGCCACCUCAAAGACAUCCCAUAUGAAGUGGACCUCGCUGGACACCUCGGAAGUCCAGUUUCCAGAUUCGGCCAACGCGGUGACUGCCGCUCACCUGACCAAGAAGCAGACUUUCCUGAAGAUCCUACCGCCGACGGAGAAGGCGGUGAUCAACAGGCUGGUCGAGAAGAUAUCCAAGGGUCGCACCAUGAUCAAACCCGUGACACCAAAAGCCGCUGCCGGGAUUCCCAGGACGGAGCUCAGCGGUCGUCGCAAGAGGUUUACGGCUCGAGGAUCCCUAAAGGACAAGCACAAGCUCAGCAAGUCGAGCACCGCUCAGCUGAAGCGCCAACCGCUUUCUCCGAAAAAAGCAGAUCCUGGCGAAAAGGAUGCAGCAACGCCGAGCAAGGCGCCAGCUAAGAAGGAACCGAAGGCUUUGCCCGAGAACUCCCGUUCGCCAAUGCGAUUCCAAAAGCUGUCCGAGGCUUCCAAGAAGUCUUCGGGAAUUAUUACCAAUCGCUGGCGCCUCUAAAAGCAAACAUGAUGGCCCAAAUGCAAUUGGAACGCCGUUGUUGUUCCAUUGCCAAUAUUAAAAUUUUCCCUUAGUAAGCUAUUUAAUCGCAGCGAUCUCUCAUGUGAUGGACAUCACUAAACUCCACAUGACGGCGAUCAAAAUUAAGAAUGUUCUUCAGUGUAGUUUUACCUUGUUUGUAUACUCGUACGUGAAUAAAAAUAUUUAAUAUUA